GUGAAGAUUUAUCGGAUGCCUACAAUUACUCCUUUAGCGGAAAAGUCGGUCAUCAGCGUGGAUGAUGUUUAUAAUGUGUUUGGUGAGGGUUGGAGCGUCACGCGCUGUUAUGUUGCUAUGGUAACCGGGUUGAAUAUUGGUGAAACGUCAUCACUGAGCGACAGCUUCAGCGUUACAAGCAUGGCUGGGAUUGAUAUUGAAAAGAAACCGGUUUUGGAGAUGGUGCAAGCGGAUGGUGCAGAUGAAGGAUGUGUGACAUUUGUCUUGCAUGAAGAGGACCACACACUGGGCAAUUCUCUCAGAUACAUGGUCAUGAAGAAUACUGAAGUGGAGUUUUGUGGCUACAGCAUUACACACCCAUCAGAGAGCAAGAUCAACUUCCGCAUACAGACUCGAGGAGGCCUCCCAGCAACCGAACCCUUACGCAAGGGCUUGAACGACCUCACUGAUGUCUGUAAACACGUCCUGCACACAUUUGAGGCACAAAUUAAAGACUUCAGACAACAGCAAGGAGAGGCGAUGGAAUAACCCGGACCAAGAGAAUUGCCAUAUGAGCUACAUCUGAUCCUGGACUCAUUUUAAAGCUCUCUUUGCCAACAAGGACUUUUGUACAGAAAACCUGUAAUAUAUCAUAAAGAUACAGUGUAUUAUAACUGUAUCAUGUGAUUGCAGCAAUUAUGCAAAUUAAUUGGUAUUGGACAUUUAGUUUCUUACAACAAGCUCUUUCAAACAAACACCAGCAACAUCAGUGUGAUAAAAUAGCAUUUAUUGCAGCCUAUUUACUAAGCUGGUACAAUAUAAAAGCAUUGUUAAUAAUGAAAAAUAGAAUCCUUUGAGGAUAAAUGAAUGUACACUCUUUUUUUUUUUUCUUUUUUUUGGGGUGGGGGUAAAUACACCAAAUAUUUAAAACGGGUAUAGAACAGUUUAACAUUGAAGCCAUGUCAAUGGCUAAAUGUCACAUUAAAUCAGAUUAGUGUUAGUAGUUCAGUAAUAAGAUAUAUUUUCAAAUUGAAGACUGAACUGGGUCUCUACUUACUUACCACCAUUACUACAUCUACAGGCAAUAUUGGCGCUCUUAUAUACACAAUAAAGAAUGCACUAAAAUA